AUGGCGAGUGACCCGCUCUUGGCUGUACAGGACCUUCAGGGCGUCGUGACGGCGCUAGCGCCUACAUUGCGUCCCCAGGUGCUCCCAAAAGGUGUGACGGGGUACGGUCUCGACUUGAUCUUGUCGCUCUGUAAGACCGAGGAGCAGCGGCACACGCUCGUGGAGCUUGUGUAUCAGAGUCAGCCACGGGACGGUCGAGACAGGACUUUGAGCACGACGCACCACGAGGACGAAGAAAAGACCGACCAGGAGGGAGAAGACGAUGGCGAGUACUGGGAGCCGCAGGUGAUUGGCACGUUUGACGUGGCCCAUCGCGUCUUUGCGCUGCACAAAGUUCAGUGGAUGCACGAACGCGACGCGGUGGUGCACGAGCUCGCGCGAUUCAUGGAGCUGCAGCUGGAGAACCCUCUUGUGUCACAGAAAGUGGUGCAGCACUUUCUGCACGCUAAUGGCCAUGCGUCUGGUGACGUCAUGGUUGCUCAGCGAUGUUUCAGUGCUGCUUUUGCACUGCAGACGCUUCUCCGUGCUUUUCCAAGACCGCCGAUUGCUCUACAUGGCAAGGUUGUCGAGAUUGCUGAGGAUACGGAUGUCGCAGAGGUUUUUGCGCCGCUACUGCUGCUGGCUCCUACUGUUGAGAAGGACAAGACAAAAGCAAAGGCUGUGCUCGAGCAGAAACUUGUCAGGAACGACAACAACAAGCAGCAGAAGCCAAAGAAGAGGAAACGCACUUGA